CGUGAACAAAUCCACCAAAGAUGAUCUCAGAAUCAUAACCAGUAUUCUAGAAGCGAAGGUUAAUAUUAUUGUCACCUGUUAUUGCAUGUCGCGUUCGGCGGGAGCUCAGAAGCCUGCAAAGCGCACACGAUGGACAAUCUUCAAGACCGGCAGGAUGUGCCAAUCUGGAAUGCGAUCGAAGCCAAGAACUUCAAGCAAGCUUUGAAACUUGUGGACAAGAGACUCGCAAAGAAGUCAACCGAUUACCUAGAGGCCUUGAAGAUCUACAUUAGGUCUCUCUUGCCUCAAGUAUCGGAAAAAUCAGCUGUUAUUCUGCACCUAGAAGACGUCGUAGCCAGAAAAGCAGUACUCUCAGACCUUGCUGCCAUAGAACUAUACGAAGAUGCUCUAGAAGAAGUCCUGCCAGGAUCCCGAGAAGUCUGGAUUAAGACUAUUGGAGAACUCAGAUGGCGAUGUAUCAAAGCUGUCCCGAAGAAUGAAGAUACCAGUCUCGCAUGCCUUCAAAGCUGUCUCUCUAGAGACGAUUUGGAUCAUGCCCGCCAGAUCGCCAACAGCCUCGAGAAGAAUUUUCCAAACAGCCAUCUAUACAUUUUCUGGAACAUAACCUCAAUGUUCAUGUUUUCAAUAUCACCACAAUGUCCUGAAAAUCAAAGAAAAAUAUGGGGAGGCUUAGCACUUGGUCAGAUCGGCAAGCUAGCUGCAGCUACUAGACAAGCUACAGAUAUGAAGCAAUUACCUAUCAGGUCCAUCCAGACUCCUCAAGAAUUACUCCUGUUGGACAGGAUCACUGAAGUUUUUGGAAAAUCGGAAAAUCGACUAGAGUACCUGCAAGAUAAACAUCUAGGACCAGAAUCGACUGUAGCAAAGGGGGAAUGGAGCCUAUGGAGACUAAGGCUGAAAUUGAUGACAGAAGCCAAUCACUGGCAAGACCUCUUUGACCUUUGCGGGACUUUGCUGAAGCGAGCACGAACCCCGAAUGAUUCCAAUCAACUUGUAGAAGCUUCAUUCAGCGAUUGGACGGUGUGGGAAGCAUAUCUGAAGUCAGCAAGCAAGCUCGAAAAUCGCGGAAAUUAUAACGAGAUACGUGAAGAAGUUGAAGCACAUCUAGAUCCUGCUUGCGAGAUCGACAAGGGCUGGAAGAGAAACGCAUCUUUGGCAAAAGUAAAAUUGUCUUUUGAGUGCUCCGCCUCGUUUUCACAGAAUGCUCCAUCGAUUGGACCGAGCGACAAGCUCAGCUCUCAACCAAAUGUCAUACUUGACUAUCUUCAGGAAUAUGGUGAUGCUAGCACAGCAUACAAUGAUAUAAGGCAAUUUGUUGAAGUGCUGAAGCCAGAUGAGCGUUCUCAACUCAUGUCUAUGCUGGAAGAUAAUACUGCGUUGGAGAAGCCACAACAACCAACUGGACCGGUGGACCCUGAAGCAGCUGACAUAUCGGAUUCUCGUAAUUUGAGUACUGCUUCCAAAAUUACCAGAGCUGUGAAUAGGCUCAAACUCAAACAUCUUAUCAAAUCUAGUAUUCCAGAACAAGAACGCAGACAAAGUUUCGCAGAAACUCAGCAGUUCAAGUGCAGCUCUUGUGCCAACGACUGCGGGGUGUUCUGCCGGAGUUGCCUGGUACAGCUUGCGGAAGAAUCUGUUCAGUCUUACCGGUCAGCAAUCAGUGAUGAUGGACAGAUUACAAAGUCCCUUUUGAGCACUGAUAGACAUCCAGCUGAUGACUUCUGUGUCUUAGCAGCGAUGUGCUUGAUCAAACUUGGCCGGAGUAAUAUAUCUCCUCACUCCGAGAACCUGAAAAGCAGUGGUAUCGUUUAUCUGCUCCAAGCAAUGGUAUUACUGGAGUCUGCGUGGUUGCGCUCCAAAUCGAACUUUCAGCUGUCUCUAAUGCUGGUCCGGCUAUAUUCACAUCUUGGAUGUGGCUCACUUGCUAUGAGAGCGUACCAGCGUCUAUUUCUGAAGGAAGUCCAGCUUGAUACCUUGUCGUAUACUAUGUUUGAUCGGAUUUCCACUUUGCAUCCACACCCCAUCCACGACUCGUCCGGCGGCUCCUCGAACACGCGUACUCUCAUUGAGCAAUUGCAGAAGCAGCAGAAGCUUUACAAGACCUCUCGUGAACAUAUCAACAAGAAUAUCUGGCUGUCCUUCAAACAUGGCAGCUAUAAUUCAAUCUUCGAAUUUAGAGAAGUUACCCAGAAAUUGUCUCAUAGCAUAUCAGCUGUUAUGUCUGUUGUGGAAACCAAUAGGAUCCAUCGAUUCAUAACAAGUAAGGUUCCAGCUGGUGCCAUCCGCCAGAUGUAUGGUCUGAUACCCGCCGACGUGGAAAGUAGGGAACGUGUCCUGUCCGAUAAUAACGACUAUGAGACGUUUCCCAACUUCGAAAGUAGCCGAGCACCAGGCUUUGAGGAGCUCAGCAGAUUCAUCCCAGGUCCUUCAGAGUCCCGAUACCGGGUUACCCUACUGGCCGAAAGGAUAAUGCUUAUCGUAGACCCCUCUCCCGAGCUGAACGGUGAAAGGAGUAUCUUGCAACAAUCAUUGAGUCGACAUAUCAAGCAAGAUUCGACCUCAAAAGUGGGAGUCAAAUCUAUGACUCGGGCUGAACAGAUUGCGGCCCACGCCCAUCGUGCCAUGGCAAUCAUCCUUACAGAGUCUUGUGACCAAGAACUCUGGCUUGAAGGAGACUUCAAGACGAGGUUGGAAGGACUUAAUCAAGAACUCUCCAAUCGCCUCGAAGAACUAGCCGAGCUCAUUGGUGCCAUGGAGACGGUGAUCCCUGCUUUCCAGACCACGCUCAACGCUAUUUACACAGCUUAUGAAGUUGGCAGAAGUGCUUUAAAUUUCUGUAAAUACCUUUCUACAAAAGGCAAAGCAGUCCAUUUAAGCCAAACAGAAGCAAGCAAGAAAGUUACCCAAGCUGCUGAGCAACUCAUACGAGUUGUCAUGGAGAAGUGUGCUUUUAUAAAGAAGGGCUUAGAUGAAGGAGGAUGGAUAGACAAGGUGUUAGAAAGCGUUUUCCCAGAUUCACAGACAGGAUCUGAGCUUUCAUUGACAGAAGCAGUGCGAAAAGUAACUGAUGAGGUCUUCAUGGAAGAAUGGGCUGGCGACGUAGUGGAAAGCUGGAAGGACUCCAUUGCAGGAUUCUCUUACAUCAAGAUACCCACUAAGGUGUAAGAUGUAGUGAGAUCGAAGUAGCAGACUCAGAAAUAGAAAUGCGAGGU